AUUUCUGAGACCCAUGUGACGCGUGUUUACAUCCUCUCAGCUGUUCUCAGAGAAAACAGCGCUGGAUCUUUAACGCCACUAAAAUAUAUACAUCCCGACAUCCCCGCGUGUAUAAACGCCAGCUCGCCGUACACCUGUUUCUGGUCUGUGCACAUUGAGUCUGACUGAUACAUGGCAUCAUUAAGAUCCCGCUGUACUUGACAAUGGUCUGAAGUGAUUUGUGUCGGACACACGAGCACCCCGACCGGCCGUCCCUGUGGAGAGCCUCUCAGCCACUUCUCAUCUGGAUGUGAAGACCGAUCUAGUUUCCCGUAUCCCACAUCCUCUGCGUUUUCUUUAUUUCUUUUUUGGUUCCGUUCUCUCUUCUUGUGGUCGCGAGGGGAACAUGGGGGGAGCUGUCAGCGCCGGCGAGGACAAUGAUGAUUUGAUAGACAACCUGAAAGAAGCUCAGUAUGUCCGCACGGAACGCGUGGAGCAGGCCUUCAGGGCCAUCGACCGCGGAGAUUAUUAUCUGGACGGCUACAGAGACAAUGCCUACAAAGAUCUGGCGUGGAAGCAUGGCAACAUACAUCUCUCGGCACCGUGUAUCUACUCGGAGGUGAUGGAGGCCUUGAAGCUCCAGCAGGGUCUGUCUUUUCUGAAUCUGGGCAGUGGGACAGGAUACCUGAGCACUAUGGUGGGACUGAUCAUUGGUCCGUUUGGAGUGAAUCACGGUGUUGAGCUGCACAAGGAUGUGGUGGAAUAUGCCAAAGAAAGACUCGAUGACUUUAUUAAAAACAGCGAUAGCUUUGACAGGUUUGAGUUGUGUGAACCUCACUUUGUGGUGGGGAACUGCCUGGAGAUUUCCACAGACAGUCAUCAGUACGACCGCAUCUACUGCGGCGCUGGAGUUCAGAAGGACCACGAGAAUUACAUGAAGAUCCUUCUGAAAGUUGGAGGAAUUUUGGUCAUGCCAAUAGAAGAUCAGUUGACUCAGAUAAUAAGAACUGGUCAGAGCUCCUGGGAGAGUAAGAAUAUCCUGGCGGUGUCAUUUGCUCCCCUUGUUCAGCAGAACCGGAAUGACGGCAGCAAGCCCAAAGCUGUGGUUCUACCCCCUCUGACAGUGCGGAGUCUUCAGGACCUGGCGCGAAUCUACAUCCGCCGAACCCUCCGCAGCCUCACCAGCGACGACUGCGCCAUCCGCAGCAGCACUCAAAGAGCGUCUCAGAAGCGCAAACGCAGACGCUUCCGUCGCCGCCGCCGAAUCAACACUUACGUCUUCAUCGGCAACCAGCUGAUUCCUCAGCCAAUGGACAGCGAGGAAGACGAAUGCAUCGAGGAGGAAAGCAAAGACGAAGAGCGAGAGAAGGAGAAAGACGUCGAGCCGGCAAAACCAGAGGAGCCGCAAGUCAACCAUUUGAGAAUCAAAAUCUUGAGUCUGCCGCUUCCAGAGUCACUGAAAGCGUACCUGCUGUACCACCGCGAAAAAUAACCCGCCGGCUUCUUCUCUCCUCGAUGAUGAAUUAAAGGUGGUGGUGUGUUUCUCAGACUGCUUCUGGUCCUGAAUUUCAGAGUUUUUUCCCUCUUUUUUUUGAUUAUGUAGCAUAAUUUAAACAUUUGCUGGGUUACAUGUGGAAAAGACGUUGGGUUUGGUUGUGCUUGCUGUUUUGUUCUAAUGACUUAGUCAUUUUCUUAUUAAAAAAUAAAAAGUGUUUGUUGAGAACGGAGGACCCGAGGAGGUUCUAGCUCACCUUAUUUGUAUUCAGAAACAGUGAUGCUCAGAAAUGCUGGAGCUGUUUUUCACAGGCUUGUGUUGUAAGACCCAAUAUUUGAUUAAACCAGUAAUGACAGUUUUUUCUUUUGCUUUGAAGAGAGAACAAAAAAUCUCAAGUCAUUAUUUCUGGAUUGAUUUCUGCCUUGGACCUGAGGGGGUUUCGCUGUUUAUAAUGCUAAUGCUUUCCACAUCUCUGGACCGUUUAGUAAAGUUUCAUCUGGAGACGAUUUCUUUGGGCCUGUGUUUUGCAUUUGAAUUUUUUUUUUUACGUUCUAGUCACAUGUGUACUUGACUUGAUAGAUGAUAUGUUUGGUCCGCUUGUCUUUUUAGGGUGAAUCCACCACUCCACCUUCUGCUUGUGAUCAUAACAUGUGACAUCACUGUUUGUGUCGCUGUGUAAUGGGUGAUUUCACACUGUCGUAACACUUGUUUGCAAUAUAUUGUCAGCACAAGAAACGUGUGGCUUAAUUUCAGUUCUUUUGGAGUGUAUAUAGUGUUUAGCUCCAGUAAGUCAUAGCCAGCAACAUACAGUAUGAUGACGGUGUGAAGUGUAAAGAUGACCUAGAAGUAUCUUCCAUUUCUGGGACUUACAGGUUACAGAUGCCCAAUGUCUUUUCAAGAUUUCAAUCACUUUAUAAACGAUAAUCUUUAUACUUAAUAGACAUAUUUAUAAACAAUAAUAAAAGUCAAAUAAAAACUAAAGUCACGAGACAGAUUAUUUUCUAACACCAGCAAAAAACAUUUAUUAUGAAAUGACAUUAGCUUUGCUUUCAAAAUGAUGGAAAGGGAGCCUAGAAGUUUCUAUAUUUCUUAUUAAGACACAUUAGAUAUAAAACCGGACAUCAUCCUGAGCGUCUGUGUAACAUGUUUCUGCAUGAUUAACAUGUUAUGCUUCUGAGAAACAAGCGAUAUAAGCAAAUGCCUGAACCUGAAGGCUCUUAAAUAUUUAUCAGUCGGUCACAUUGCCUGUCGACGCAGAAACACGCUCCUCUGAAUCAUCUGAAGGUAAGAUCUGCAGGGUUUGUGAACGGAAGGGUUGAUGGAAAGUUUCCACAGAAAUCCACGAGGUGCAAUUCCUCUAGACCAGCAUGUUUUUAUAGACGGUCCGUGUGGAUAUACAGUACGGUCUUUAUUCAGUGCCAUCAUGACUGCUUGUAAUUGAAUGCUUUGUUUCUGAACCAUCUUUUCAAUAAAUAUAUUUAUAGCCAA